AUGCAGCCAGCACUGACGGUCUUCUUCAUGCUGCUCUUUGUGCUGCUGUCUGUCCUGGGAAUCCUGGCCAACAGCUUCAUUGUGCUUGUGUUGAGCAGGGAGUGGCUGCGACAUGGUAGGCUGCUUCCCUCAGACACGAUUCUCAUUAGCUUGAGUGCCUUCCGCCUCUGUCUGCAGUGUGUGGGGCUGGGGGACACCUUCUUCUCCUACCUCUCCCAGGAGGAGUACUACAGGGGUCGUGCCCACGAGUUCUUGCAUCUGCACUGGCACUUCCUGAACACGGCCACGUUCUGGUUUGGCACCUGGCUCAGCGUCCUGUUUUGUCUGAAGAUCGCUAACUUCUCCCAGCCCGCCUUCCUCUGGUUGAAGUGGAGGCUCCCGCGGUUGGUGCCACAGUUCCUGUUGGGCUUUGCCCUGCUUUCCUUCAUCACAACUCUACUGAUGUUUUGGGGGAACCACGUUCUGCAUCAAGGACUCACGCUCAGAAAGUUUUCUGGGAAUACCACCUACAAGGAGUGGAAAAGGAGGCUAGAAUUUCACUUUUUCCUGCCUGUGAAGCUUGUCACACUGUCAAUUCCUUGCUGUUUUUUCCUGCUCUCAAUCGUGCUGUUGAUUAGUUCUCUGAGGAAGCACGCUUGGAGAAUGAAACGCAAUGCCCACAGCCUGCAGGACUCCAGCGGCCAGGCUCACAAUAGAGCUCUGCGGUCACUCGUUUCUUUCCUCACUCUUUAUACUCUGUCUUUCAUGUCCCUGGUCAUCAAUGGCACAUUCUUCAGCUCCUUGGAGAGUGAGUGGUACUGGCCAUGGCAAAUUAUACUCUACCUGUGCAUCUGUCUCCAUCCCUUUGUCCUCAUCUCUAGCAAUCUCAAGCUUCGCAGUGUGUUCAGGCAUCUGCUUUUGUUGGCCAGGGGCUCCUGGGUCACCCAAACGGCAGUGUCUCCUUAUACAGGUGAGGAAAACAGAACCAUGGCUCACCUGUGUGGAAAUGGCAGCUGA